UCACCACUUGUACACUAAUAUAUAUAUAAUAUAUUCUUCUUUUAAAAUUUCAAGAUGGCGUCCUUUUCAUGCAACAAAUUGUCUACGUUGCAAGAAAUCUUUACAUUCCAAAGUUUAAAGAAAGAAGUGGAUACUUAGUUGAGUUUUUCUUUGGCAAUGCUAUGGUCGGUAACUUUAUAUCUUAUUGCUUUUGCCAUUCUUAUUAGCAGUGUUGAUGGAAUUUUGGCUUUUACCUUUUGUGCGAUCGUGUCGUUUGUGUUUGCUCGCACUUUAUUAAAUGGAGAAAAAAUUUAGACUAUACAGCCUAUUUUUCAUCUAAAGGAUUUGUGGUUACGAAAAAGCAAGGGAAUUCGGUCAAAACUUCGCGAAAACCUUUCCCCUCUGCAUUAAAAAGGCGUAGACACAUUUUGAUACGAAAUAUUUUGCGAGAUUUCGUGAUAUCUUGGUACCAAAAUGUAGGUGUUCACGAUGCAUUUAUUCGAGAAACCAGAUCACUUAUUGAAGAAGCUACUUGCACUCUUUAUGACAGAUUAUCAAAUACAUCCGUAAAAACUCACAUUGAGAAAUUGUCCUUAGUUUAUCAUAGACAUUUGUCAGACUUACAAGCUGCAAAAAAGCAUUCAGAAAACAACAAAGCCAUUGUCGAAUUUAUUUGUUCACAGUAUAAAAACGAUCGACCAAACGUCAGUGAUGAAUCUCAACACAUUCUCAACAUUGUUGAUUUGUUACUUUUUAAACUAGUUCCUAAGAAAACAUUUAGUUGUGAUAUUGGUCGACUUAUACUUCGAGAAAUCUUGACUUUUAAUGUUCUCCUGCCUUUCAUUGAAACAAUUUCUCAACCAGAUUUUGUGAACAUUUCAAUAAUUCAUAUGCUUGGUGAAGGCAUCUCUGAAGUGGAUGAAACUUCCACAAUGGAAGUGACAUCUGCUGUGGAACAAAACUUUAACAUGUCCUCAGUGUUCAAUGAAUGUUUAAAAGAGAAUAUUGAUUGGAAAGAAAAUGACAAACAGGUAGAAAGCAAGCAAUUAACUACAAAGUUUAAGUUCAAUAAUUUGACAAUAGCUGAGGAGAAUCACACAGACUUGGUUGAUUAUUCAAUGGAAAAUGAUUCACAUGAUCAAAGUUUAAAUUCAAUUUUUCGAUCUGAUUCUGACGACUUAAAUGACUUCAAUGAUAAAGAAAGCACAAGUUUUGAAUUAUUCUCUAAGCAAGCAAAUGAGAAGAACAAUGUUAACAGAAAGAAGGAAGAUGUAGAAAGCAAAGAAUCCACUCAACUUUUAUCCAUUAAUGAUUCUGAUAAAGCGAAGAACAAUCCUUCUCAACCAAAUAAAGGAAAAAAUUCAUCUAUUUUUAACUCAUUGUUUAGCUCAAAAAGCAGAUCAAUGCUUCCUAAAAAACUGCGUAAAACUAAUUCCUCUCCUAAUCUGAAGACCAGUGGCUCAAGAAAAUGGCUUCUCAACAAAGAAAACAUUUCAAGAAUUGCAGACAAUGAUGAGUUGUCGAGCUUUUCCAGUGAAGAAUAUCAUGAGACAAGCUCAUGUUUUAGUAGUAGUGGUAAUGUCACCCAGACCAACUUGAAAAGUGAAAGUUUGCAAGAACCAGAAAGAAUGGACUCAUCAGAAUUUUUUGAUCAAGUUAACAGCAAUGACAAAGUUGUCAACAAUUCAGAUGAUGAUUGUUUGGUUAAUGAAGUGUUUGCAAAGUGCAAUGAUGUGCCAGUAGUUAGUGUUUGUGGCGACAAUUCAUUACCUGAUAGACAUGGUGAACAACUCAUAAAGAUGUUUGAGGAGAAUCAAAGAAGUGUAAAUUGUAAUGUUAGCUCAAAAACUUCAGCUCCUGACUUUGGGAACUAUGAUGGUGGACUUGUUGAAGAUAAGAAAGGUUGGAAGAAAUUGGAGAGAAAUCUACAGGAUCAUGGUUUAUUGGAAGAAAACUCUGCAGAUAGUAAGGAUAAUAGAUUAGUAAAGAGCACUCAGACUGUUAUAGAUAUAAAAGAAAAUGACUUGUCACUAAAAGAACGUCAAAUAGAAGAUGAUAUGAUAUCAAGAGCAGAAUUUGCCAUUAAUGACACGGUUAAUCUUUCUUCCAUGAUCAAUAUACCAUCAACAGAACUUAUUAAUGAUCAUUCAUUUGAACCAUACAAGAGAAAAUACACAGUUUACUUGAUAAAGUACAAUUUACAUUUGUGGGAAGUUAAUGAUGAUGAAAAAGAUGAAGAACUUGGUGGAGUAAAUCAAAUCAAACGACGUUAUCGUGAGUUUAUGGAAUUACAUCAUCGACUAGUGUGUGGAGCACUGUCCGACUACAUGAAAGAUAUUCCAAAACCAAACAGAAAGUUUAAUUCACCAUUUUUUCGUUUGGAUGAAGAUGUUAUUAAAGGAAGGCAAUUUUUGCUAGAAAAUUACCUUAAGUGUUUAGUUAAUAAACCUGCGAUUCUGAAUUCUGAAGAUUUCAAAGGAUUCUUGGGGAUUGGCGAGAAGAACAAGACUGAUUUCCGUCGACCCUUAGUUGUAGUUCCAACGUUACCGCAAGUGCCAAGAAUUGACAAAAAAUUGAAAGAAAAUAUGUCGAAAUUCUUGGAUCAUAUAAAGACGGCUUUUGAUUCAGGUCCCGUUGAUGGAGAAGAAGACUACGAUUAUGAAGGAUUAAUGUUUGGUGAUGAUAAAACAACACAAGACGAUGUCAGAUCGUUUGUUUUUUGUUCUACAGAUAGUCAGGUAAAUCACAGUUGUUUCCAAUCUUUUCUACGUCACAAAAUGACGGAUGAGCAUGAAGCACAGGUCAGUUAUUCAGCAAAUUUUAAGUUGAACGGUUUGGAAAAAGAUUUAUCAAGAAUGAAAGAAGCUGAAAAAUCUCAAAUGUCUAAGAAUGUUCAACCAUUGGACUCAUACAAGACAGGCCUCUGUAAAGAUGAAGGGGCAAGCAACCCUUUAACCAAAACUGUUCUUAAUCUUUCCUGUCAUUUCUUGGAAAAACGACACAAUUGGGUUUGUCUUGAGCCAGUGCAAGAGGCUGCAACGGCUGUUUUUGGCUGUUUCAUUGAAUGGUGGAUGGAAGGAUUUUUAUCUGAUUUAGUAAGUGAAGAACAGUGGCAAUAUUACCUUAAGUUGCUAACUGACUCUGUUUGGCCUGGGGAUAGACUUGUCAAAAUCAAAAAAGACCAAAAAAACGUUGAAGAAAUUUUGAAGAAUGGAGAAAAAGCAGUCAGAACUCUCAUUAAUGUCUUGACUGGAAUUUUUCACAGCACUAUUGGUGCAGAGAUAAUUGAAGAAUGCGCCAAAGAAAUAGUCGAUUCCUUUCAAUAUCCAGAAAUUAACAGGCAGUUGCUGUUGGAAAUGUUUGAAGUCAUUUUGAUUGAGGUAUUUCCUGAAUUUCCAGAAGAUAAAAAAGACUAUUUAAGGAAUCUAUAACAUUGUUAAAUUAUGAAGCUAUUUAUCUGAAAAUGUAUGUUACCCUGCAUUUUUGUACAUUAGUGUAAUUAAUUAUAUGUUCCAUGUGUUAAUUGUAAUAUAAAUGAGAAUCCACAAGAUUAAUGUUAAAAUAAGUAUUUUUUGAGCCAUUAAAGAUAAGUAUUUAUUGUC